AAGAGCCGGGGCAGAGGCCCGGGAUAAAUACUGCGCCCCGGCAGCCUGGCGCAGCAUUCCCGGAGUCCGACGCGACCGGAGACCCUCCCCAGCGCCUGCGCUCUCUGCGAGUGCAAGGACCCCCCGCGCCCACCCGAGACCCGCAGCCCCCCACACCAGUUCCCCACACUUGUCCCGGUCGCCGCCUGUGUUCCCCUAGCAUCUUUCCAGCGCCGCUGCAUCCCCGGGGCCAGCCAGGCCGGUCGGUCCCCGGCUAUCAAUCCGUCCUGUCCGUCGGUCGCGUCCGCGCUCGGUGCCAUGCCGUUCCUCGGGCAGGACUGGCGGUCCCCAGGCCAGAGCUGGGUGAAGACAGCCGAUGGCUGGAAGCGCUUCCUGGAUGAGAAAAGCGGCAGCUUCGUGAGCGACCUCAGCAGUUACUGCAGCAAGGAGGUAUACAAUAAGGAGAAUCUUUUCAACAGCCUGAACUACGAUGUUGCAGCCAAGAAGAGAAAGAAAGACAUACUGAACAGCAAAACCAAAACUCAGUAUUUCCAUCAAGAAAAAUGGAUCUAUGUUCACAAAGGAAGUACUAAAGAGCGCCAUGGCUACUGUACUUUGGGGGAAGCUUUCAACAGACUGGACUUCUCAACCGCCAUCCUGGAUUCCAGAAGAUUCAACUACGUAGUAAGGCUGUUGGAACUGAUAGCAAAGUCACAGCUCACAUCCCUGAGUGGCAUCGCCCAAAAGAACUUCAUGAACAUCUUGGAAAAAGUAGUACUGAAAGUCCUUGAAGACCAGCAAAACAUAAGACUCAUCAGGGAACUUCUCCAGACCCUCUAUACAUCCUUAUGCACACUGGUCCAGAGAGUUGGCAAGUCUGUGCUGGUGGGCAACAUUAACAUGUGGGUGUAUCGGAUGGAGACCAUUCUACACUGGCAGCAGCAGCUGAGCAGCAUCCAGAUCACCAGGCCUGCCUUCAGAGGCCUCACGUUCACCGACCUGCCUGUGUGCUUGCAACUGAACAUCAUGCAGAGGCUGAGCGAUGGGCGGGACCUGGUCAGCCUGGGCCAGGCGGCCCCAGACCUGCACGUGCUCAGUGAGGACCGGCUGCUGUGGAAGAGACUCUGCCAGUACCACUUUUCCGAGCGGCAGAUCCGCAAGCGAUUGAUCUUGUCUGACAAGGGACAGCUGGAUUGGAAGAAGAUGUAUUUUAAGCUGAUACGAUGUUACCCCAGGCGAGAGCAGUAUGGAGACACCCUGCAGCUCUGCAAACACUGCCACAUUCUCUCCUGGAAGGGCACUGACCAUCCGUGCACAGCCAACAACCCAGAGAGCUGCUCUAUCUCACUUUCCCCGCAAGACUUCAUCAACCUGUUCAAGUUCUGAAUCCCAGCCCGUGAGGGCACUUCACAAGGCCCUGCCGAUCAAACGGCUGCGAGUCCGGAUAACUUGGUCUGUAAAUAGUGUACAUUUUAAGCCUUGGCUGGACACUUCUGAGUGAAGUCCCUGAGAAGGGACGCAGUCGCCAAUGGGGAUUUACAAAUGUGAACUUCACAUUAGAACUGAACUGGUACGGAAAAGCAGAGAUUACUGUAAAUAAGACUUUUUUUUUUCCCCUUAACAAUUCGCCAGCAAGACUAUAAAGGCAAGAACUCUUAUGUCUGCCAUGAAAAUGGAGUCCUCUUGAUGUUCAUGGAAACUUCCUAGUUCCCUAGGAAGAAAAAUGCAAAACUCAAAUACAAGAUAGAACACCCUGUUUACAAUGUGAUCAUGUUGUUAAGACGUAAGGAAGGAGGAAAAGAAUGCUACAGUUGAGAAGUCCGUGGGCUUUGGGUUUGGAUCUGGGGUUUGUUUUGAACAGGCAAAGAAGUCCACCCAUCUGAAUCCUGCAUGGGGCAUAAGGCCUUAUCCUACGAAGAUGCCACACAAUGGUCUACCUCUAAAAGCAUAGAGUGCUCUCUGGCAGCAUACAUUAUCUAGCAGGCAAUGUCUGUGUUUCAUGUAAGUUCUUUCAUCUGUAAAGUGAUCUAAGAUGGGAACGAAUUAGGAAAAAAAAAAAAACCCUCUUCUUGGUUCUGACUUCCUUUUCCCUCUCCUCUCCAGUAACUACACAUUGUUUUCCUUCCAUGUGGUAGCUCAUGCAGGGAACCAGAAGGCUAGCUUAAGAACAGCUCCAGCAGAAGUCAUGGAGAGCUAGAAUUAGGCACCUGUAGAUGUGAAGGCUUGGCACUUCUGAUUGAAUUCUACCCUCUUCUAAUUAACUUCUGGGCUUGUCUGGACUUCCUCGGGUAAUCUUCAUGGAUUAGUGAAUGUCUGUGAACGUAGUGGCGCCCAAGACCUGAGGCUUGAGAGACACACACUUUUCACACCAGCCAAUUAAACAUUCUGAUAGCUGCUGCUUCCCCUUGGCAGGGUAAUGAGCCGAGGCUCUUUCUGUGCUUUAGGUCCACCAUCAAACUUGAGUCGUCCUGAACUGGGACUUCUCACAAGCAUGAGUUAAAAGGAAGCCUGGAGUUCCAGCCAGAUAGAGAGAUGAGUUCAUCUUAAACUGUUUCAGGACUGAGUUAAAAGACAAAGGAUCCCCGGGGGUCUUGCAAGCAGAGAUAGGAACACUGUGGAAGAAAGCAAAUCUCAGGACUCCAGGAGUUAAUUCCUGGGGUGGGGAAAAUGUUAUUUUUUACUUUUUAUAGAUUGUUGCUUUUCUACAAUGUACAUUUGCAGUUGUAUUUGCUUUUUUUUUUUUAAUCUUCAAAUAAAACUGCCACUAUGCAUGUCCCUGGCAAAGAAGCAGAAAUAGGAAUUUGUUCCAUAUAAAUGUUAAGUAAGGUAUUGUGUAACCUGAAGCAUUGAUGCUUGGGGUGGUCCUGGGAGGAGAGGAAAGAUGGCCGAGCAUACACAGGAACAAGGGACAGUCAAUGCCUCUUCCUUCGGUGAUAGUACUGUGCAGGCAGAUGGAGUCUGCAGGGCUCCCUGAUUGGCAGUCUCUGCACUUAACAUCGGAAGUUCUCCAAACUUCCUUCUUCCUUGAGGGGCAAAUUAAGUUGAAUUUAGAGGCUCGUAAUGCAAAAAGGGAAAUGUGAAAGAACAAGAGUUGAUGUAUAAAGUUGAACUUUAGACAGUUCAAACUUGUAAGGGUUUUCUAUUUGUUCUAUU